AUGUUCCGCUGGCUCACUGGCCCCGGCAAAGUUUUCAAAUUUCCCCUGCCCCGUUCGACCAACUACAUGAAUGCCUACGAUGAAAAUGGUGGCCUCUUACGAGCAAACAACUUGAAACCGAUUCAAAAAGAAGAUCAGAAUGAACUACCCAAUGGCACUUUGCUGCCGGAUGAGACUGCGUCCGAUCUCAUGCCUUACCCAUUAAAUCGUGACUUUAAGAGUCAAAGAGUGCUGAGUGAAGGAUUGAAAGACGAAAUCUACAAAAGGGUCAUGGAGAACGGACAAGAUGUUGGCACAGUCAGUGUCUCGUUGGAGGUGGAAAUAAGAAGGGUGGCCGCAGUGGUCAGACUGAAAGCGUUGGAGAAGCGCUUGGUAGAUGAGGGCAAGCCUCUCGCAAUCCCAUACGCUAAAGCUGUUAUGUCUAUGCUUCCAAAAACACCUUAUAUAGCAUCUAAACCUCUACGGCACGAGCCGAUCAAUGACUUGCCUGUUCAUCAAGCUACAACUCCUCAGAUAUUCCACCCUACAUCCGAAUCUCGACACUUCACUCGUACUGAUGCUGGAAAAGCCUUCAAAUACACGCUGCUACCUGCAGACAAGCGAAUACCGCAUCCAAAACUUGUAGAGGCCCAAAUAUGGCAUAACGAGGGGUUGCAAAAGGAGGAAGUCGCGGCUCGGCAGAAGCAAAACAAGGAGGUUGAAGAGAACUUCAGACUCGAAAAAGAAAGGGCACGGAAGGCAAGAGAAGAAUCAACUACGACAACGGCAGAGACAGCCCGUUCAGUGUAUAGGUUCAAGGAGGUCAGCGUUGAGCAAGUUGGACAAGAUGGGAGAGGAAGAGGGGGAGUAGGGGCGAGGUAUGGCAUGCCUCAUCAAGACCGCAAGAAGGGGCAAAUCAAGAUUCCGGUCAGAGUGUCAUAG